AUGGCUCCGCCUGUUCACUAUGUGCCGGCCAGUCGCCAGGCUCAAAUGUUGGCUAUGCCAGUGAAGCGCAUCCUCGCCGCUCCGCAUCGAAAGGCAGCGGGUACCAAUCACUGGUGCCUCUACCUUUCUACAUCCCCUACGAGCUCGAUUCGGAUUGAUUGUCAGCCAAGUCACACUGUUCCGAGCUCGGUCCUUCGAGGAGGGUCCAAGGCCAACCUCAUUAUCUCAGAAUUGCCUUAUGAAAUUUCUCACGAUGCCCAGGCUCAAUUUAUUCUCGAUGUUGCACCUGGGCUGUCAGUGGGGCAAGUUGUUGGGGAAAUUACUCGACAUGGGCGGCAUAAAUACGAAUUCGAUGCGAAUGGAGUUGGGUGCAGGUGCUGGACUACUGAUCAGAUUAAUCUUUUAUAUCAACUACGAUUUGUCGGCAACGCAUCCCAGGUUGCGGGUGCAAAGGCAGGAAUCCUCAAGCUGUGGCCAGAUCAGACACCACUCCCCCUUGACCAGGGGGCUUAUUACCAAUGA